AUGGCAGGGGCCCCCCCUCUCGACGCCGGGGCGAAGGGGGCAUGCCUAGAAGGAUCCCCCAUCGAAAGCCCCCUCCCCCUCCAUGGGAAGGGUGUGCCCCCUCGACCCCCCGUGCUGGCCCACUUCGAGCCCGACGGCGGCCAAGCCAUCCAGCGAACUGGCCAGUACCCCAAUUCUCCCAAAUGCCCACUUCUCCAAGGUGCCGUCUCCCAGUCCCUCGCCCAUGGUCUCUGA